UAUUCAAAUACUUAAACGAACUGAUCCUUAUCCAUGUAUCAUAACUUUAUAUUUUCAUCAUAACCACCCACUUAAAUCUAGUCAUGUCACAAGUUUCUGUUCAAUAUCAGAUGAAACAAAAAGUGAAUUCUUCAGGCUCUUUGAAAGUGGACAUAAUCCUAGUAGUGUAUAUCAUACUUAUUGGGAACAAUUACAGUUAAAAUAUAAUAACGACGAAGAGAUUUUAGCUGAUAGAGCUAUAGCCCCCUGCAAGAAUGAUAUUUUUUAUCUGCAUAAAAAAUACCAUGACCAAUACCUAGAUGCUCAAAAUGGAAUAGAUAUGUUCGAUUGGUUAGAAAAAGAGAUUACAGAAUUUAAUGCUAAUAAUAAAAGAAAUGCAUGGAUGCAAACAUAUAUUGCUCCAGAAAAAGAUAACCCUGGGCAGCCAUUUAUUCUUGUUAUUGUAACAAACCUUAUGCUAUGUUGUCAUACAUUACAAGAAGUGGGUGAGUUAGUCUAUAUGGAUACGAUAGCAGGAUUAGAUGCUCUUAACACUUCUCUUACAAUUUUAUCAACAAGUACACCAGCUGGUGGUUUGCCUCUUGGCAUAGUUAUUGCUUCAAAUAAAUCAGCAGAGACCUUUACAAAAGCACUAGAUAUAUUAAAGCAUUUGAUUCUAUCAACAGAAUUUGGUAAACGUGGAACCAUUAUUGGGCCACAAGUG